AUGGAGGGAGACGUCCAGAUGUGCAAACACUGCAGAAGAGAGGUAGCAUCUGCUCACUUCACCCUCCAUGAAGCCCAUUGUGUGCGGUUCUUGGUCAUCUGUCCAGAAUGCAAGGAGCCUGUUCCCAAAAAGGAGAUAGAAGAACAUUUUGAGAACUGGCACAAGGAGGCUGAGUGUGCUAUGUGUCAACAGAAUAUACAGAAGUACUUGCUGGAGAUUCAUGAGGCCCAGGAAUGUCCAAAGCGCCAGGUCCCGUGUAAGUUCUGUGAGCUGGCCCUGGGCCUCAACAAGCUGGAGAUCCACGAGCGCCAAUGUGGCAGCCGGACAGAGCACUGUCCAGACUGCAACCAGUUCAUCCUGCUCCGAGAGCUGGCCCACCACAAAGACAUGUGCAUAGGAGGGCAGGCUCUGUCCCGGAGAGGGUCCACAAAAUUAUCUCCAUUUGAAAAGCCAAAAUAUGCCCCACCAUCCCGUCCAAGUAAGUCUUCUGGAGAUGGAACAUCCGUGGCAAAGAAAGAUGUCUAUCCAAAGAUGAAAAAUGGAUUUACUUUCCUUUCUGAAAAUUCGACAAAGCAAGAGUCCAGAGGCAAAACCCGACCUCUGGAUCGGCCUCUAAAGCCUGAGCCCAAGGCCAGGCCCUCUUCUUCUGCAGGCGACGAAGAUGCCUACAACAUUCUGAGGAAAUGUUCUCAGUGUGACAUUCUGCUCCCUCUGCCGACCCUAAAUCAACACCAGGCCUUUCUGUUCCCUCAUUCUCUGGGAGAAAUGCCUGCAGUUAGCACCAUGGAAAGAAAAACAUCUGAGAAACUCCAGUGAUAUUUGAAACCAAAAAGGUACUAA